CAAAGACGCUCGCUAGCUGCUGCCUGCUGUCUCUCUCAGUGCUCACUUCCGGCAUUUCCGCUAUCGUUCCAUCUGCCUUCUUUCUUUCUUUCUUUCUUUAGUUAUAUAAAAUUUAUGUUUUUAUGUUUUUUUUUUUCUUACUGUCUCUCUCUUUCAGUUACAGGGCCUUUAAAGCACCAGCUGAGAAAUAAUCAAUAUGCAUAUAUAAAUAACUGUCGACUUGGACAGCCAGCUGAGCGCCGAGUGCACUGUUCUGUGCAGAAUCAACUGACCAUCCAUGGCCGCUUCUGAAGCUUCCCUUUUUCUCUCCAAUUUAUCCCCGGCUCUCCGCCGGGAUUCGACGUCUUCAUCCCUUGGAAACUUGAAAUCCACUCGGAUUUCGACUUCUUCUUGGAGACUCGCUGUUUCCACCGAACAAACGCUAUUCACUUCGACGAGGAAUGAUUUCUCAGAGAGGAGAAGGCUGGAUAUGGGUAAAGAUGAACUUGAGGCGGUAGCUUCUGCAGCAGCGACGUCCGAGGAUCCGGCGGUGGAGCGUAGGAGCUUGAAGGAGUACUUUGAGCGGUCGAAGGAAUUGAUAAUAAGAUCGAACGGUGGACCGCCUCGGUGGUUCACGCCCUUGGAGUGCGGCUCUCCGUUGGCUAAUUCUCCCCUGCUCCUCUUUUUGCCCGGUGUUGUCGGUGUUGGACUUGGACUUAUUAACCAUCAUCAUAGACUUGGAAAGAUUUUUGAGAUGUGGUGCUUGCACAUUCCAGUUAUGGAUCGAACUCCAUUUACAGAAUUGGCGAAGCUGGUUGAAAGAACAAUUAGGUCAGAGAAUCACCGUUCACCUAACAGACCCAUAUAUCUUGUUGGAGAAUCCUUUGGAGGAUGCCUUGCUCUUGCCGUGGCAGCUUGUACUCCUGAUAUUGAUCUUGUCCUUAUUUUGGCAAACCCGGCUUCAUCCUUUAGUCGGUCUCAACUACAACCUCUGAUACCAUUAUUGGACAUUAUGCCUGACCAACUCAAUGUUAGCCUCCCCAACAUGUUGAGAUUGAUGACAGGUGAUCCUUUGAGGAUGGUGAUGGACAGUCUCCUGGAGGGAUUUCCUUUACAACAAACAGUUGGGGAGCUAUCACAAGAUCUUGUUUCAAUUUCAUCUUAUCUCUCGGUUCUAUCCGAUGUCUUACCCAGAGAAACACUUCGCUGGAAGCUGCAGAUGCUUAAAUCUGCUUCAGCUGUUUCCAAUUCACGCCUCCAUGCUGUAAAAGCUCAAACACUGAUACUCUCAAGCGGAAGAGAUCAGUUGCUACCUAGUCAAGAGGAAGGUGAAAGGCUGUGUCGUGCUCUGCCAAAAUGUGAGAUUCGUAAGUUCAGCGACAGAGGUCAUUUUCUUUUCUUAGAAGAUGGUAUUGAUUUGGUUACCAUCAUUAAGGGUGCUGGUUUCUACCGCCGUGGAAAAUACAUCGACUAUGUUUCAGAUUACAUGCCACCAACCCCUACUGAGUUUGGAAAAAUAUAUGAUGAAAUCAGAUGGAUUAAUGCUGCCACUAGUCCUGUGAUGCUGUCAACUUUAGAGGAUGGGAAGAUUGUGAGGGGCCUUGCCGGAAUACCUUCAGCAGGUCCUGUCUUGCUCGUAGGAUAUCACAUGUUACUCGGACUUGAAUUGGUUCCCUUGAUAACCAAUAUUUAUCGAGAAAGAAAUAUUCUUGUGCGGGGGAUUGCACAUCCAAUGACGUUUAUGAAGAAUAAAAAAGGAAAGUUACCUGAUUUAUCACUGUAUGACACAUUCAGAAUAAUGGGUGCGGUUCCUGUCUCAGGGACUAACUUCUACAAGCUUUUGUCUUCAAAGUCUCAUGUCCUGCUGUAUCCAGGGGGCAUGCGUGAGGCUCUCCAUCGGAAGGGUGAAGAAUACAAGCUAAUCUGGCCGGAACAAUCUGAGUUUGUCAGGAUGGCAAUAAGAUUUGGAGCCAAAAUCAUACCUUUUGGUGCUGUUGGAGAAGAUGAUAUUGGCAAAGUGGUUUUCGAUUAUGAUGACCUAAUGAAGAUUCCUUACUUUAAGGGUGAGAUAGAAGAAUUAACGAAUGAGGCAGUAAAGUUAAGAACUGAUGCUAAUGGGGACGUGGCAAACCAAGAUAUUCACCUCCCUGGAGUUUUACCAAAAUUUCCUGGCCGGUUUUAUUUCUACUUCGGGAAACCAAUUGAAACGGAAGGGAGGAAGCUGGAACUAAAAGACAGGGACAAAUCUCAUGAAUUAUAUUUACAAGUCAAGUCUGAGGUCCAGAAAUGCAUUGCCUAUUUGAAGGAAAGAAGAGAAAAUGAUCCUUAUAGAAAUCUGAUUCCUCGCUUAAUUUACCACAGCAUACAUGGCUUUACAGCUGAAGUCCCUACAUUUGAACUCUGAUUUUUUCGUGUAUUGAAGAUCAUCAUGAAUCCCACCAUUUUAUUCCAUUCUCAAA